AAUCAGUUGUUCUUCUACAAAAGAGCAUAGUUCAUCCCUGAAAUAAAUAAAAGAAACUAUACCAAACUAUAGAAUAUAUACCCUCUUUCUUCUCAGUAGAGCACUCUUUGGUUUGUUGGCUACUCUUUAAUUACAGUUUUUGAGUCAUCAGUCCUUGAAAGCAUGGAGACGACCUACUUACAUGGCUAAGCCAAAGUAAACUGAGACAGACAUCUCCAUGAAGCUCAUCAGUUUCACAGAUUCACUGAGAAUCUAAUUAAUCUGAUCUACUUUAUUGGCAUCUAUCCUUGGAUCGGAGCUGCUACUGCUAGGAGUAGUGGUGGUGCAGGAUGUUGUAUUUCAAUAUCAACGUGUGCACAAUGCAAUAUUGUAUAAGAGCGUAGCCUGCGUAAAUAUGAUAUGAUCCGUAUGAUCUUUUUAGAUACUAAUUUGAAGUGUAAGCUCAGCUCUGAUCUAUUUCGUUAAGUCCGAUAUGAUGUCACAGUCCUACGGUGUUCGCGGCACUUUCCAAUUUCCCGGACCUCGAAUCAUCAAACACAGGGAUGACGGAGCAGUUUCUCGCUUCCGAAGUGGCUUAUUUUAUGCAUAUGGUCCCUUGUAUGAUCAGGAAGAGAUCAACGCAGCAGAGGUACCUGGAGAAGCUAACCCAGAGGCAGAGGCCAAUCUUUCAGCAGAGGUACCGGGAGAAGCUAACCGAGAGGCAGAGGCCAAGCUACGUAGAUUUAUACAUUUUCGUCAAAGGAUAACCCAAGUGGCUUGGAUGUAUUUUGUAAAACAGACGAGACUCGAUCGAGAUCUCAUGAACAAGAUAAAAGACAUUCAAAUUGGCCCGGAACAACAGAUUAUGUCAGAAAGGAGUUUUGACCUGGAGAGACAAGCCCCCGAAGGGGAAGGGGAAGGAAAUCCGAAUGGGACAAGUGGUGACCAUCAAAAUGCCACAGAACAAAUAGGGAGGGAAGAUGAGGAGAAAAUGAUAAAGGGUUACUACAUGAGUAAAAUUGGAGAGGUUGUAAAAGAAGCAAGAAGUGUUUAUGAUGGGACAAAUAUUGAUGAGAUGCGAGAAAGCAGGUUUAAAUUUAUGAUGAUAAGUCAUGGCUGCUUAUUCCUACUGCAAAUGUUGGUAUUUCUUGGAUUAGGAGUUAAUCAACUUAAAGCCGGCCUUAGUGAUCUCUCUGAUGACCUUGAUAUCCUAUUUGACAGCCAUGAAGACAUUGAAAAAAGGGAAAUUAUGUUCACUAAGAGCGCAGUGUUUCCUGGCAACCAAAUUCCACUGGUCGUGCUCUAUAAACUAAUCGAGGACAGUUCUUGCUUCAAGAAGCUGGUUGUGUUAAAUGAGAAUUGGAAAAAGCCCUCUUCUUCAGAUGUACUCAAAAGUGUUCUAUAUGACCUUAUCUUGGACCCUGUGCUCAAAAAGAGUGAGUUGAAUUCCAGGCCGCCGCAAGCUACAGACAUACUUCAUGGCCUCCACUCAAGAUUGGUUGGGAACCUUACGUUGAUUCAGAAGCCCGUCCGCAAUGACAAUUUGGACCCGCAGCGUGAUGAUGAUGAUAAUCAAAGGAUCCCGAUGAGUAGUAGUGCCACAGAAAUGUAUUCUAAAGGUAUGCACUUUAAAGGAGUAAGCGGCUUGGCAAUUAGAGAGAUUAACAUCAAGGGUAAUGUGUUCACCAAGAAGGUCCUUCACUUGCCUGUCUUCACUUUCAAUAAGAUGACCAAGGACUUGUACAAAGGCCUUAAAGAUUACGAGAAUCACCAAGCUCCGAUGGAAAAGGUAGUAAACGACUAUCUGGGGUUUCUGGGAGAUAUUGUUCGAUGUGACCAAGAUGUUGAGCUGUUACAACGGAAGGGAGUGAUUGAAGUGGAUAAUAAUAGAGUAGCUGAUGAUGUGGUCGAUUAUCUGAGGGAGGUAGCCGGCGGCGCACCGCAAAGCUGCACCACCCAUCAUCUUCUAACGGUGAAACUCGAUAUCACUCACCAUCAUCUCAAGCCAUGGUAUUAUAAAUACCUCAGCGGCGCUCUGUUUUCAAUUACCUUAUCAAUCUUAUCAGUUACCUUCGGUAUCCUUGGAUAUUUCUUAGAGAGAUACAGAAACAAAUAAUCAUUAAUCUCUCUCAUCUGCUGUGAUGUACAAGUCCCUUUUGUCACGGGAUCUAUCCCUCUAGAUAAAUGUGCAACUCCAUUUACUUUAAACUCCCGUCUAAACAGUUAGAACAGCCUUCAGUACGUCCUCCGAUCAAUUGUUACCAUUUUAUUGCCGCAUGUCAUAAUAUAG